AAAUGCCUGGAUUUAUAAUUUACCGAUUUUAAUUUUUUUCACUGAUUUGAAGUGAUUUCAGUGAUUUGGAAAGUGGAAACGAAAUGUUUAGAAAUACUGUUUACUGGAUUUCUCUUGAUACCGUAUUGGACAAGAACUUCCAGUCUGUGGUUGAACGGAAAAUUUAGAAACAGAUAGAGUUGAUAGAGUUGGGCUCCAAGUGUAACGAAAUUCCAUUCCUGCAACCAGUGUCUCGGUGUAUAUUUGGACUGUUAAGACUUUAAGCUCUUUGAAUUUGGAAAAUGUCCAGCCAAGAUCCGCUGAUCGUUACUCGGACCGAUAGCAUUCCACGGAAUAAUGAUGAUGACUUUAUGCGCCUGUCCGUAUCCGAAGAGGAGGCUGCUGAAUUCGGGUUGGAAAUGCCAUCGCAGGUCGUGGUUCCCACUCGCAUCACCGCUCCUGUCAGCAUUGUGAAGCGCGCGGCUCCGAAGCCUCGACCACUUCCUCCAACUCCGCUGCAGAGUCAGAUUGUCAAUGCGGAUGGAAGGAACGUUGUGAUGUCUGGAGAUGUUGAGAUGGAGGAUGCUUCGGCUGAAGGAAAGCUGAUCGUGGAAACUCCGCCAUGCAAACCUGCAACUUUGAUCGAGGCUUCAAAGUUGCCUGCGUUAUAUGGCAGUUUAGCAAUGGAUCUGGAAACUUGUUCUGUUAUGAUUCCAAAAUAUCGUUUGGAUACACUGCACGUGCGAGGCGUGGAUGAAAUGAGCACUCAAGAUGUUCUGAAUUAUUUUGCUUCAUAUAAACCGGAGCGGGUGGAGUGGGUUAACGAUACAUCUUGCAAUGUUGCGUUUCCCGAUGAGAUUUCCGCCGCUAGCGCACUGAAGGAUCUUUCUCAGCCGUUAAGACUGUCCAAAAAGCCGUUGACGGAGAGCGAUACCGGGACAUUUUGUGAUGCUCAAACUGGAGAGGAAGUUUUGCUGUCGGAUGUUGUUUCGUUUCCCAUUCCGGUGCCACAAGGCACAUGGCGAGUAGUCAAGAAUCUCCCGGCCCAUGCCAAGCAGCUGAUACUGCGCUUCGCCCGCACAAUCGAUAAAAAACCUCCCAAUGCACAAAAAUACAGCCAGUACUAUGCAAAGUAUGGAAAUGCCAAUGGAAAAUCUGCUCAACCAACCACAAGUUAUUCACAUCGCAGUGUUUUCGGAGAUUCCGGCCGAAGAAUAUCUACCAGCUCAUCUGAAGAUCAUGAACCAUUUGGUCUGUGCAAUCCAUAUUCACGUGAAGAAGCCAAUGUAGAAGUGUUGGAGGUGGAUCAACGUCCCAGUGAAUCACGCGGUUAUCACCGUUUUUUGGGGGGAGCCUCCGAACGCCGUGAGGGCUAUUUUCCAUACCGAAGAGCGAGAUCGGAUUUGCAAGUUGAGCAAGAACCGAAGAUUUUCCGUGAAAACAGCGAGCAGGGUGGUUUUGAUUUGCGCAGUCUGCUUCAAGUGCGCAGCUCACCGGUGCUGCAGAUGAAUGACCUCAGAAAUCGUCUUUCAAACCCAAAUCGCAUCGGCUCAAACGAUCUGCGGAAUCGUCUGAACAGACGUAGAGGAAAUUGAUAAAUUACUAGAAGCUAGUUUGCGCUGGUGGUGAAGAUAUGUUUAUUUUUCAAUACCUUUUUGCAGAGAGAUUGCGAGUUUACUGCUACAUCCGGAAAAGUUAUUUUUAUGUUUUUUUUUGUAAUGCAAAUUUUCGAAAUCCAGGCAGAAAAUGUUGUGAGGCGGUUAACUACUAGCAGUUGUUGUUUCUGAAUAUGCUUUUUUAGAACUUACAAGUUAGCACAUAAUAAUAUUAUGUUUCAAUGCAGAUGAUUUCAUUACAAAUAGAAGUAUUCAAAAUAAAAAUCAUGGUUAGUA